AUGUUGACGGUGAGAAACACAGCUUUCAAAUCAGGUUAUGCAGCAGUACUUAGAAUAGCAAGAGCUGAGUUGAAGCAUGCUAUAAAAUCAUCAAAAUGGGCCUAUAUUCAGAAAGUGCAGAAUUUCUUUCAAGAUCCUAUGGACCCGAGACGUAUGUGGCAAGAUAUUCAGUUUGAGGCCACAAUCAACUUUCCAGCAAGGAAGACUGUUCCCCUUCCUGAUGAGCAGGUGCUCAGGUUUGAUACAAUUGCUGUUCAGAAGGUCCUGCAGAAAGUCAACACUCAGAAAGCUGCAGGUCCUGAUAAUUUCCCUGGGCGAACUCCAGGUUGUGCGAGUUGGAAAGAAGUUUCCAAUUCCAUCUCCUUGAGUACAAGUUCUCCACAGGGCUAUGUCCUGAGUCUGCUACUGUUCACCUUGAUGACCCAUGACUGCUCUGCCAAAUCUGCUAUGAAUCAUAUUUUGAAGUAUGCAGAUGACACAGCAGUGGCUAACCCAGGAAUCAAGGUGAAAAUCACACAGAAAGCAUUGGACUAUGGAAAUCAACUUGGAAUAGAGCUUCUGAAGCAGAAGUUAAAGGAAAAGAUCUUUGAAGACUGGAAUGGAGAAUCUACACAUGCAUUUUUUGCACUCAAUUACACAAUUUCAAAGUUAAGAAUUGAAACCAUGGAAUUUCCCAACACAUCCUUGUCUCUCAUCUCUGGAACUGGAAUUAAACUAUCAGUGGAAAAUGCUUCAGCAAUGGCUCAUGCAGAUUGGAGCGUGGAGACCUGGCUAUUCAAAGAUUCUGGAAGUGGGGCUGUCUUCAUCUCAGGAAUAUCUCUCAAAGCAAUUGUAAAAGUGUCUCAGAAUGUAUUCGGUCAUUUAAAAUUGUCGCUUGACAGCUGUAAAGGAGAUAUAGAUGAUAUGGACAUCAAAUUGAGUCAAUCUUAUAGAUUGUUAUAUACAUACUCUACUGCUUCUGUGGUUACAUCGCUGUGUAGCAUGCUGGCCUCAAAUUUGUGUCAACAAGUGAAUUGUGUGAUCCAAAAGAUUAAUAAAAACUUCAACCAAUAUCCAGUCCAAGUUCAGAUUGGUCACUUUGCAGUAAUAGACUAUUCCCUGAUAAACUCUUCAACUAUCUUGGAAUCAUCAAUUGACUUGGAUUUAAAGGGAACAGUACGUCCAGUGGGAGAAACCACAGAACCCCCCUUCAAGCCAACUCCCUUUGUUCUUCUGAAUGAGAACAACUCUAUGUUCUAUAUAGGAAUCUCAGAAUAUUUCUUGCAGUCUGCUUCACUGGCUUAUUACAUUUCUGGAGCUUUUACUAUCUCUGCUGAGCAAGAGGAAAUGCUUUCUUCUUAUUUCAAGUUAACUACAGAUACAUUGAAUAGCAUCAUUCCCACUAUUUCUCAUAUUUAUGCAAAGCCACUUCCAGUAAUUAUGAACAUAAGAAUUAUUGAUGCACCUGUGAUUAGUCUGCAUGACCAUAAAUCCAUCCUGGUGUUUUCUGCUUCUGUGGAAGUAUUGGCAAAGAUGCCAAACUCAACCACUGAAUCCAUGUUCACCUUGAACGUAACAACUAAAACUCAUGCAGAUUUGACUAUAUUUGAUCGGACGUUGCUAACUACAUUGUGCUUGAACAGUUUCCACAUCUCCUUGGCUCAUUCCAAUGUUGGCCUCUUUGAGGCUUCACUUUUGGAUAAUUUCCUGUCUUACAUUUUACGAACUGGAAUAAUUCCAGCAGCCAAUUUUGAACUAAAGGAUGGAUUUCCUCUGCCUGUCUUGGACACAAUGAUUCUUAUAAAGCCCAAUAUUAGAAUUUAUGAGGGUUUCUUGCUGAUUUCCACUGAUAUUCAAAGCCUACAAUAAUGAGGAAGACUUUGAUCUCCAAGCAAACACUGACUAUUUUUUUUACUAUAGAUGCAUAAAAUGCAUAAGAGCCAAAAGGCAUUUG